AAUCAACUAACUCAAUUAUUUUUGCCUACAAAAGAUAGUGAUAAGUUAACUGUGCUUGGUGUGCAGAGUAAUAGUUUUUUGGAAUCAGAUCUUAGUGUUUUUAGCAAACUUACCAACUUAGAGGAAUUGUAUUUAG